AUGGAUAUCAAGCUAUCUGUUCUAAUAGUGAUAGAAAUUUUUCCAAGAGAUUCCAGUCUAAAAGACAAAUUCAUAAAACAUUUUACAGGGCCAGUCACAUUUUCAUCAGAGUGUAGCAAGCACUUUCACCGACUGUAUCACAACACAAGGGACUGCUCAACACCAGCCUAUUAUAAAAGGUGUGCAAGGUUGCUAACGAGAUUAGCAAUGAGCCCUUUGUGUACACAGUCCUAGGAUGUUUGCUAUACUUUCUACUAAGGAGAGAAUUCUGAUUUGCCAAGAAAGUGCCUUGAAAUUUUCCAAGACGGAGAAGACAUCUUUGACCUUUUUGAUUUACAACAUUUUGUUACUAGAUGCAUUUUAUUUUCAUAUAUUUGUCGGACAUUCCAUAUUUGUGUGAAACGUUAUUUUAUUUUAAUGUGUAAAUUUGUUGCCUAUAGCUCAGACAAGCCAAUUAUUUAAAUACAUUGUAUAUAAAGGAUACUAAUGAUAUAACUGAUUACAUGUUACAACCAUAUGCAGGGAGCUGGUAAAAUUUUGCUGUUUCUCUUGUUCCAUUGUAUUUACAUCGUUCUGCUCAGGCUCUUACUUUCAUUAUUUGCACUAACUUGAAAACGCAGAAGUCUGUGUAACUGAAAUCUGAAUAAGCUGUACGUGGGGAAGUUGUACUUGCCAUGGAAGAUGUUUUAUAUUUUGAAGCUUUGUUAAUAUAUACGUAUAUAUUAUUGCGCAUCAGAAGAACUUUGCUCAGAAAUGCACCUUGCUUUCAGGAACCUUUUGUUUGACUAUUCUGGAUUUUCAUCAGUUACAUUUGUACUGGCACUUAUGGAAAGAGUUGCAAAUAAUGUAAAUAUAAAGACUGGAAAACUGCAAUGCAGUUUUGGUGGAAUAAAGAAC